AUGGCUCUACAUUUACUUGCUCUUGGUGCUCUUGGCGCAGGAGUGGCAGCCGUUGGCGCCGUCGGACUUGGUGCAGCAGUUGCAUAUAAAGUAGGUUCCGCCUUUGGUACGACAGUCGAACAAGUAUAUGAGCGGCAAGCUAUGGAUAGUUAUUACAACCAGCAACAAUAUCCUCAAUAUUCACAACACCAGUAUUAUCAGUAUCAAGAACCGAGCAGACAUCAUCAUCAUCAUAGUUACCACUCUUCUCAUUAUCGACAUUGA